UGAUAGUUCGCUACAGCUUCCGUUUCCGGGAGUAAAGAAGCCGCAGCAUCAACAUUUGCUCGUGAGAUUUCACAUUUUUAUUAAGAUCCUGCGUCAAAAAGUGGUGUCUUAGGAUGUCGGGGCAGAAGCGUCCUGCAGAUCCUAGCGGCCCCUCCUCAACCUCCGGUCUGCAUCCGGAAAAGCGGAGAGAGCGGGAUGGAGAGGAUGGAGGUCAUGGAGGUCCCGGUCUAGGUGCUGCAGCUGCUAGUGGGAGCACAGCGGUGGAGACGGUCAUCAAACUGGGAGGGGUUUCUAACUCGGAAGAACAAGAUAUCAAAGCUCUCCAGGCUAAGAACCGGAAACUAGGAGAAUCUUUGGAUCAAAGACAGGGCAUUGAAGAUGAAUUGCGAGAGCGAAUCGAGAGAUUAGAGACACGCCAGGCCACUGAUGAUGCAAGCCUGCUUAUCCUCAAUAGAUACUGGAAUCAGUUUGAUGAAAAUAUUAAGCUGUUCAUAAGACUAUAUGACCAAUCGCCAAGCGAACCAGAGAAGUCUCCAACGGGAGAAGGAAGGAACUUGAAGCCGGAAACCCCUGAACCGGAUGGAGAUUCCAAUCAGGAGAGGUCCAAGGACAGAGGCCACCAGGGCGAGACAUCCAACUCCUUCCUGGCCACCCUGGCUAGCAGCACCAGUGAGGAAAUGGAAGCCGAGCUUCAGGAGAGGGUGCAGUCCAGCCAUAUGCAGGCUACUCGUGUUGUGGAGGUCUACAAGUGUCUGAAGAGCACAGUAGACCAACUGAAAGCAGACAUGGAUUCUGGAAUUGCGGGGAGUUUAUGCCAUGUAGCUUCCAAAUUGAACACGCUGCUGACUGGUCAAAAUGAACGUCUUCAACAACUGUCUGAGGACCUCAAGCAGAAAUACAAUCAAAUGACCAGUGAGUUCCGAUCUCUUGGUCGUGCAGCAAACAAGGCAGACCAGCGUGUCAGUGAGCUGCAGGUUUUGAGUGAGGAGCUUCAGUGGGAUAUGGAGAAGAUCCGUCGACGUGAGAAUCGGCUAAAUGCACACAUGAGUGAGAUACUAGAGAGGGUGAACAGCAAAGGUUAUAAAGUGUGUGGGGAGGCCAGUAGUGUAUGUGGAACCAUCACCAUCAACAAGAGAAAGUUUGAGGAAAUAAACAGUGAACUGGAAGAAAACCAGGAGCUGGCAGAUAAUCGUCUCAUUGAGCUCCAGAAGCUCCAGCAGGAUCUGCAGAAUGUGCUGCAGGAGAAUAACAACAUGAAGGCUGAGCUGCUGAGUCGAGCAGAGGGCAUGGUGAAGGAUACCUCUGAGUAUCGCUGUCUGCAGUCACAAUUUUCUGUGCUGUACAACGAGUCACUGAUCCUCAAGGCUCAGUUAGACGAGACGCGUGGCCGACUCAACACAACGAGGACGGCACGCCUUCGACAGCUGGAGCACAUGGAGAAUGACGAGGUGACUUUGCAAAGAAAGGUUCGCACCGAGGUCUUUCAGCUGGAAGAUACCCUCGCUCAAGUCAGGAAGGAGUACGAGAUGCUACGUAUUGAAUUUGAACAAACUCUCGCUGCCAACGAGCAAGCCGGCCCAAUCAACCGAGAGAUGCGGCAUCUGAUCAGCACCCUGCAAACUCAUAACCAGCAAAUGAAGGGCGAGGUUGUGAAAUUCAAGCUGAGAAUGAGAGAGACACAAGCUGAACUCAACCAGAUUCGCAUUUCAAAGGGGAGCAGCAUCUUGCAAACUCAGUCGAGCACGGAGAUUGACUUGAAGGAGGAGACGACGUCCCCUAUGACAGCGAGUGUCUCUGGGGAGGCCGUGGUCAAGUCCGAACCUCCUGACAAUGACUCUUCUAUGCCAAACAGCGCUGGCAUCUCGGUAAAAACAGAGCCAGGAGUUGAAUCCGAGGUAACCGUCAAGGAGGAGGAGAAGGAGGAGAAGAAAGAGAAAGAGGAAAAGAAAGAAAAAGACAUCAUAAAGAAAGAGGAGAAAGACCGCGAGAGGGAAAAGGAAAGAGAGAGGCCAACUCGCAGUGGGAUAAAGGAAGAGAGGGAGAAACUGGGAAGUGGCAACCAAGCCGAGGAAUCUUCUGGAGAACGUCUUUCUUCAGCUGGAGGGCCCAAGAGGAAAGAGAUGGAGCAGUUUAAGAUUGUCAGAGUAGAGCUAAAGAAAGCUCAGGAGUCCCAGAGAGAGAUGAAGCUACUCUUAGACAUGUAUCGAUCUGCACCAAAGGAGCAGAGAGACAAAGUCCAACUGAUGGCAGCGGAGAAGAAGGCCAAGUCAGAGUCAGAUGAACUCCGUCAGAGACUGAGGGAGCUGGAGGAGCGGGAGAGGAGGGAGGGUAAAAAAAUGGCUGAUGAAGAGGCCCUAAGAAAGAUUCGCUCUGUCGAGGAGCAGAUUGACGUCCUCAACAAAAAGCUCUCAAUGGCAAAACAGGAGGAGGAUGCGUUGCUGAGCGAGAUGGAUGUGACGGGACAAGCCUUCGAGGACAUGCAGGAACAGAACAUUCGCCUGAUGCAGCAGCUCCGGGAAAAGGAUGACGCCAACUUCAAGCUGAUGAGUGAGCGCAUCAAGUCCAACCAGAUCCACAAGCUACUGAAAGAGGAGAAGGAGGAGCUGUCGGAUCAAUUGCUCACUUUAAAAACACAGGUGGAUGCACAGCUGCAGGUGGUGAGGAAGCUUGAAGAGAAGGAGCGCCUCUUGCAGGGCACCAUCAGCACUGCAGAGAGAGAGUUGACACUGAGGGCACAAGCGCUGGACAUGAACAAACGCAAGGCCCAAGAGUCAACCUUGUUGUCAGAAGAGGUUCGAAUUCAACUGGAGCAGGUCCAGCAGAGACUCGUCGUGGUGCGAGAGGAGGUUGUGGAAAAUAGCAUCUCCAGAGAGAAGGAGUCUUUUAACUCCCGGCGAGCACAGGAGGAUAUCUCUAAACUGAGGAGAAAAAUUGAGAAGGCCAAGAAACCGGCAGAAAAAAUUAGCAAUGGAGAUGAAAUCUUAAACGAAGAGAUUAGUGAGUAUAAGGCUCGGCUCACAUGUCCCUGUUGCAAUUCGCGGGUGAAAGACGCCGUCCUGACAAAGUGCUUCCACGUCUUCUGCUUCGAGUGCGUCAAGACACGGUACGACACACGCCAGAGGAAAUGCCCCAAGUGCAACGCCGCCUUCGGAGCCAACGACUUCCAUCGCAUUUACAUUGGCUAGGCCUGCGGGCCCACUAGUGCAGAUGGGGCCCGGAGCAAGGCUGGCCAUGGCCUCUCCUCUCCUCUCUUCUCAUCUUUUGUGGUCAGGCUCUCCGUGGAUAAGUGGUUCCAGCAGCCACAAAUUGGACUUAAGGCUUUAAUGUUGAGCGUUGUUUCAUUCCAUUUUUACUGACUGAAUUUGUUUAUGAAAAUGGUGCGCACACAAACACAAAGAUGAGCAACAUUCCGCCGAUUCCUCACGUUGAAGUCAAUAAUUGUAAUAUUUGUGCGUGUACAUUGUUCCUUUUUUAUUUGAAAACUGCUGAAACUGCUCUGUACUGAAAAUUUCUCAAGUGACUAAGUGUUGCCGCUGCUUAUUAAAUUGAAAUUUGA